AUGGCUGGGGUGCAGCAGUGCCUGCUCCAGCUGCACCGCUGCCUGCAGCCCGGCGAUGCCGGCGGCGGCGCCCUGCACGGAUACAGCCUGCUCCGCAGCCUGGCCGAGACCUGCGUGGCCAGCCUGACCAGCGGCGAGCAGGCGCUGCACCUGUCCCUGGUGUUUUCCCAGGAUCAUGGCUUACUCGUCUUUAUCCACAGAUCUCUCACCAUCGAGGAGUUUCGAGAUUGCAGGGAAGAAGCAUUGAAGUUUCUUUCUGUCUUUAUGGAAAAAGUUGGUGACAAAAUUCAUCCUUAUGCCUGUAAUAUUAAGCAAACGUGUCUUAGUGUCUAUACAAAAGAGAGAGCAGCAAAAUGUAAAAUCUCAGCGCUGGAACUUCUGAUUAAGUUGCUUCACAGUUUACAACGUUCCUGUCUGAUGGAAGAAAUGAAAGUUAGAGAGAUAUUUAAUAAAUUUUAUGAGGAGCUUGCUGCAAAAAGUAGAAUUCCUGAUACAGUAUUGGAAAAGAUUUAUGAGCUUUUGGGAGUUUUGGGAGAAGUCCAGCCUAGUGACAUGAUUAACAACGCUGAAAAACUAUUCCGAGCUUAUUUGAGAGAGCUUAGAACACAGAUGACAUCUGCUACAAGGGGACCCAAGCUACCUCUUGUAGCAGGAUGUCUGAGGGGACUGGUUGCACUCAUGUACAACUUCACCAAGUCUGUGGAUGAAGAUCCUCAGACGGCAAAGGAGAUUUUUGAUUUUGCAAUGAAGGCAAUCAACCCACAGGUUGAUCAGAAGCGAUAUGCAGUACCUCUAGCUGGAUUACAGUUGUUCAGCUGGCACUCGGCUCAGUUUGGAGCAUUGCUCCUGGACAACUAUGUGUCCCUCUAUGAAGUGAUGUGCAAAUGGUGUGGCCACACGCAUCAGGAGCUGAAGAAAGCCAGUUAUUCUGCACUGGAUUCAUUCCUUAAGCAGAUUUCUUUAAUGGUGGCUAAGGAUGCAGAGCUACACAAGAGCAAGUUGCAGUUCUUCAUGGAGCAGUUCUAUGGAACCAUCAGGAGGAUGGAUUCGAGCAGCAAAGAGUUGUCCAUUGCCAUUCGUGGAUAUGGGCUUUUUGCAUCACCCUGUAAAGCUAUACAUCCUGAGGAUGUGGAUAACAUGUAUGUGGAGCUCCUUCAGCGUUGCAAGCAAAUGUUCCUCACAGAAGCAGAAACAAUAGAUGACCAUCUGUAUCAGCUACCAAGUUUCCUCCAGUCCAUUGCAAGUGUGAUAUUCCAUAUAGAUACAGUUCCUGAGGUAUACACUCCAGUUCUUGAACAUCUAGUUGUGCUGCAGAUCAUCAGCUUUCCACAGUACAGUGAAAAAAUGCAGCCGGUCUGUUACAGAUCUAUAAUAAAGGUGUUUCUGUCUCUCUCAGGAAAAGGUCCAGUUUUCUGGAGCUUUAUUAGCACUGUGGUGCAUCAGGGAUUAAUCAGAAUUUUCUCCAAGCCAAUCACAUUUUCGAAGGAAUUUUUUGUAAAAGAAACUUCUGGAUCAGAAGAAGCCUUUGAAGCUGGAGAAGUUGGGACACGAAGAUCAAAAGUACCAACUUAUAAGGACUAUCUGUACCUCUUUAGAAGUCUACUGAGCUGUGACACAAUGAAGGAAUGCGUUUUUGAAGAUGCAAACUUUCUUACUGAAAAUGCACAACUGCAAUCCCUGAGUCGUGUCCUGUAUGAUGAACUUAUAAAAUCUAUUUUGAAGAUUAUUGAGAAAUUGGACCUGACUGUUCAGAAACUGGAUGUUAGUGAACAGGAUGGAAAUGCAGGUGACAGUGCUUUGGUUGGGCCUUCUUCUGACCCUGCUUCAAACCUUCAGCCAACGAAGCCAAUAGAUUUUAUUGCCUUUAUAAAUCUAGUGGAAUUCUGCAGAGAGAUACUUCCAGAGAAACAUGUGGAAUACUUUCACCCUUGGGUAUAUUCCUUCGGUUAUGAGCUUAUUGUACAUUCAACAAGACUACCUCUUAUUAGUGGAUUCUACAAGCUGCUCUCAGUUGCAAUGAAAAUUGCCAAGAGGAUAAAAUACUUUGAGGAUGUCAGCCCAAGAAGCUUCAGAAGAUGUCCUGAAGACCCAGAAAAGAGCUCUUGCUUUGCACUAUUUGUAAAGUUUGGAAAAGAGGUUGCAGCAAAAAUGAAACAGUAUAAAGAUGAGUUGUUGGCAUCUUGUCUGAUUUUUUUGCUCUCUUUACCACAUGACAUCAUCAUGCUUGAUAUCAAAGCAUAUAUUCCUGCACUGCAGAAUGCAUUUAAGCUGGGCCUUAGCUGUAUCCCAAUGGCUGAUCUGGGCCUGGAUGCUUUGGAAGACUGGUCAGUUCACAUCCCCAGACAUAUGAUGAAACCCUAUUACAAGGAUGUCCUGCCUCUUCUUGAUGGUUAUUUGAAAACCUCUACAUCUACAGUUGAAUCCCAGAAUAACUGGGAAGUAAGGAAACUUUCUCAAGCAGCCCAGAAAGGACGUAAUAAAGUUGUGAUACAGCAUAUAAGAAAAGCAAAGACAUUUUCAGUGGAUAAUAGUCCCUCCUUGGAAGCAGUAAGGACUAGAGUGGCACGCCUUCUUGGAUCUUUGGGAGGGCAGAUUAACCACAACUUAAUUACAGCUACCUCUGCAGAAGAUAUGAUGAAGAAAUGUGUAUCCUGGGACACUGAGAAGCACCUGAGCUUUGCUGUACCAUUUGCAGAUAUGAAGCCUGUCAUCUACUUGGACUUAUUUUUGCCUCAUGUGACUGAACUGGCUCUUUCUGCAAGUGACAGGCAAACAAAAGUUGCAGCAUGUGAGCUGCUGCAUGGCAUAGUCACAUAUAUGUUGGGGAAAGCCUCUCAGAUGCCAGAAGGACAUCAGGGUCCCCCACCUAUGUACCAUUUACAUAAGCGAGUAUUUCCAGUUCUGCUUCGUCUUGCUUGUGACAUAGACCAGGUAGCAAGACAGUUGUAUGAGCCUUUGGUCAUGCAGCUCAUUCACUGGUUUACCAACAACAAAAAAUUUGAGAGUCAAGAUACAAUGGCACUCCUGGAAGCUAUCCUGAGUGGCAUAGUGGAUCCAGUUGACAGCACUCUGAGAGAUUUCUGUGGUCAGUGUGUACGAGAAUUCUUGAAAUGGUCUAUCAAGCAGACUACACCAAGACAGCAGGAGGAAAGCCCAGCAAACACCAAGUCUCUUUUUAAACGGCUGUACAGUCUUGCUCUUCACCCCAGUGCUUUCAAGAGGCUGGGUGCAGCACUUGCUUUUAACAGUAUCUACAGAGAAUUUAGGGAAGAAAAUUCUCUGGUGGAGCAGUUCAUAUUUGAAGCACUGGUUGUUUUUCUGGAAAGCCUGGCUUUAGCCCAUACAGAUGAGAAGUCAUUAGGUACUGCCCAACAGUGCAGUGAUGCUAUUGAUCACCUGAAGCGCAUAAUCAAGCAUAAAGCACCUUCUCUGAACAAGGAAGGAAAACGGCGGGUGCCACGGGGAUUCCCAGCUACUAAAUCUGUGUGUCUUCAGGACAUUGCUAUGUGGCUCUUAGUGCAGUGCGGACGACCUCAGACAGAGUGCCGACAUAAAGCCAUGGAGCUCUUCUAUGAAUUUGUUCCUUUGUUACCAGGAAACAAGUCUCCAUCUUCUUGGCUGGCUGAUACUCUAAAAAACUCUUUCCUCAUUAGUAAAUUUGAAGGAGGUGGCAGUGAUGCCAAAAGUCCAUCUGGGAUCCUUUCUCAGCCAACUCUCCAUGGCAUGCAGGAACCCUUCAGUUUACAGGCUGUCAUGCAGUGGAUGGACAUGUUCUUAGCAGCACUGGAUUGCUACAAUACAUUCUUUGAGCUGCAGAUGAUCAAACUUAAUGAAGUACUAGGUGUAAAUAAAAGUUCCUCGUUCUUGAAAGCUGUGCAGUUCUUCCUGGACACUCUUGCUUUGCAUGAUAUCCAUGCAGCAGAGCAGUGCUUUGAUAGCAGUUUGAAAGGCAGCAUGUUCAGUCCUCAGGAAAAGGACACGUACAACUACAGCAAGUGCACCAUUAUAGUCCGGAUCAUGGAGUUUGUCACCAUCAUCCUGGAAAUGUGCCAGCAGGAUUUCUGGAAGCUGCUUGAGAAGGAACUGCUAAAUGCAAAGUUUAUAGAGCUUGUGGUGAUGACAGUGUGUGAUCCAUCACACAUAGGCUUUAACACAGCUGAUGUGCAAGUCAUGAAAAACCUCCCAGAUAUCUCAGUAAGACUCAUGAAAGCACUGAUGAAAUCUCCUUAUCAGGAAUCUUUGACAUUGUGCAUAAAAGAAAGAAUCACACCACAGAGCCUUGAGGACCUUUGUUCUGUUGAUCUGUUUAAUUCAGAGGCACGUUUGGAUCAAGUUAGGUUUAGUGCUGUCCUUUCUGCCUGCAAGCAGCUCCAGAAAUCUGGCCUGCUUCAUUCUGUUCUUCAUGGUCAGGAUGAAGGGCCUCAUUUCUCAGUUGGCUCCAAGCUUCUUUCAGUUGUCUAUAAAGGCAUUGCACCUGAGGGUGAAAGGAUAUCUCUUCCAUGCUUAGACAUCAGCAGUAAGCGACUAGCUGACAGUCUUCUGCAGCUGGCCUUUGCUAUUGAUGAGAAGUGUGAGGAGCUAUUAAGUCUGCUGUUGAACACAGCAGUGUUAUCUGUGCCAUUGUCAGGAGCAUCACAGAACCACCUGAUGAAUUUCUCUCAUGGACAGUAUUUCUACAGCCUGUUCUCAGAAACCAUCAAUCAACAGCUACUGAAAAACCUGGAUGUGAUCAUAGUCCGUCUUAUGGAGUCAUCUGUCAGCAAUCCUCAAAUGGUUGGGAGCAUUUUGAAUGGCAUGUUAGAUCAGAGCUUUAGGGACCGUACUGUGCGCAAGCAGCAGGGAGCAAAACUGGUGACAGCUGUACUAAGAAACUGGGAGAAACUGGAUAGCUGGUGGGCCAAAGGUUCAUCUGCUGAGAGCAAAAUGGCAGUCCUGACCUUGCUGGCAAAAGUUCUUCAGAUAGACUCUUCAGUUUCUUUCAAUACCAAUCAUGAAGCAUUUACAGCUGUUUUUAAUACCUAUACCAGUCUACUUACUGAUCAGAAUUUAGGCUUAAAUCUUAAGGGCCAAGCAGUGAUAAUUCUUCCGUUCUUCACUAAUUUGACAGGAAAAAAGCUUGAUGACCUUAAGAAUGCUCUGGAUCAACUUGUAGCUUUCAAUUUUCCCAUGAGGUCUGAUGAGUUUCCCAAAGGAACCUUGAAGCACAAUAACUAUGUAGACUGCACUAAGAAGUUUUUAGAUGUAUUAGAAUUGUCUCAGAGUCCAAUGUUGUUGCAACUGAUGACAGAAAUCCUCUGUAGAGACCACAGACAUUUCAUGGAGGACUUAUUUCAAGCCAGCUUCAAAAGAAUUUCCAGAAGGAGCACCACUGACAAGCAAGUGAUACUGUUGGACACUGUUCACAAAAUGUUCCGAAGUGAGGAACUUCUUUCAAAUACUGCUCGCCAAGCAUUUGUGGAUCGGUCCCUCCUCACUCUCUUGUGGCACUGCAGCUUGGAUGCACUGAGAGUAUUCUUUGGCAAGAUUAUAGUAGAGGCUAUGGAUACUCUUAAUUCCAGGUUUACAAAGUCCCAUGAAUAUACUUUUGAUACACAAGUUACCAAGAAAAUGGGGUAUUACAAGCUACUAGAGGUGAUGUAUGUGCGUCUUUCAAAAGAGGAAGUUUACUCCAAGGACUCUAAAAUUAACCAAGCUUACCGUGGCUCCAUGAAUGUAGAAGGAAAUGAACUUACCAAGACACUAGUAAAGUCAUGCUAUGAUGCAUUUACAGAAAACAUGGCAGGAGAGAGUCAGCUGCUGGAGAAGAGAAGACAGUAUCACUGUGCAGCAUAUAACUGUGCUAUUGCUGUCAUCAGCUGUGUCUUUACUGAAAGUAAAUUUUAUCAAGGCUUUCUUUUUUCAGAAAAAUCAGAAAAGAACUUGCUGAUUUUUGAAAAUUUGAUAGACCUGAAGCGUCAGUAUACAUUUCCUGUUGAAAUUGAGGUGCCUCUGGAAAGGAAGAAGCGGUACAUUGCUAUUAGGAAGGAAGCCAGGGAUGCAGGGAAUACCAGCCAGGAUGAACCCAAGUAUUUAGCUUCUUCAUCAUACAUGAUGGAUAGCAGUUUGAGUGAGGAAAUGAGUCAAUUUGAUUUUUCUACUGGAGUCCAAGGUUUUUCUUAUAGCUCCCAAGAUGUUACCGCUAGCAGCACUCAUUUCAGGAGAAAGGAGCCCACAGAAUACAAGGUUUUAAAUGAUGAGAUGGAACUGGAAAUGGAUGAAUUCAACCAACAUGAAUGUAUGGCUUCUAUGACCUCUCUGAUUAAACAUAUGCAGAGGAACCAGAUCACACCCAAAGUGGAGGAGGGGACAGUUCCAGUAGAUCUCCCUCUUUGGAUGAAAUUUCUUCAUGGCAAAUUAGGAAACCCAUCAGUACCAUUAAAUAUUCGCCUCUUCAUAGCAAAACUUAUUGUUAAUACUGAGGAUGUGUUCCGGCCUUAUGCAAAGCACUGGCUUGGACCAUUGCUGCAGCUUGUUGUUUCUGGAAAUAAUGGAGGUGAAGGGAUUCAUUACAUGGUAGUGGAAAUAGUAGUUACAAUCCUUUCCUGGACAAGUGUAGCCACUCCCAAAGGGAAUAUUAAGGAUGAGAUAUUGGCUAACAGAUUGCUUGAAUUCUUGAUGAAGAAUGCAUUUCACCCAAAAAGAGCUGUGUUCAGGCACAAUCUGGAAAUCAUAAAGACAGUUAUAGAGUGUUGGAAGAACUGUCUCUCCAUACCUUACAGUUUAAUAUUUCAAAAGUUUUCUAGUGGAGACCCUGAUACAAAGGAUAAUUCAGUGGGAAUUCAGCUGCUGGGAAUUGUUCUUGCUAACAAUUUGCCACCCUUUGACCCAAAGUGUGAAAUAGAUCGUGUCAGGUAUUUUCAAGCUUUGACCAGCAACAUGGGCUUACUAAAGUAUAGAGAAGUUUAUGCAGCUGCAGCAGAAGUUUUGGGACUUGCUCUUCAAUACAUUGCUGAGAGAGAAAAUAUACUUGAAGAUCCAGUUUAUGAUUGUGUUAUAAAACAAUUGAAGCAUCAUCAGAACACACAACAUGAUAAGUUUAUUCAAUGCUUGAAUAAAGUUGUUAAGAAUUUUCCACCUCUUGCUGACAGGUUUAUGAAUGCAGUAUUCUUUUUGAUACCCAAACUUCAUGGUGUGAUGAAAACCUAUUGUCUAGAAGUAAUAAUGUGUCGGGCUGAAGAAGUUCCUGAUCUCCACUUGCAGUUAAAGAGUAAAGACUUUAUCCAGAUCAUGAAUCAUAGGGAUGAUGAAAGACAAAGGGUUUGUUUGGAUAUCAUUUACAAGAUGCUGUCUAAAUUAAAACCUCUAGAACUUAAAGAGCUUCUGCCUGGAGUGACAGGGUUCAUUUCUCACCCUUCUGUAGUAUGUCGACAGCGCAUGUAUGAUAUCCUGAUGUGGAUUUAUGAUAAUUACAGUGAUCCAGAAAGUCAAGCAGAUGAUGAUUCUUGGGAGAUACUCAAAGUGGCAAAAGAAAUUCUGCUUCAAGGACUGAUAGAUGAAAAUGCUGAACUGCAAUUAAUUGUUAGGAAUUUUUGGAGUCAUGAGACAAGGUUGCCCACAAAUACUCUUGACCGCAUGCUGUCAUUGUUAAGUUCUUUCUAUUCCACCAAGAUUGAAACACAGUACUUGAGUCUAAUCACAAAUUUUCUGCUUGAAAUGACUAGCAAGAGCCCGGAUUAUUCCAGAAAAAUAUUUGAGCAUCCCCUAUCUGAAUGCAAAUUUCAGGACUUUGUAGUUGAUUCCAGCUGGCGUUACCGAAGUACUGUGCUCACACCAAUGUUUGUGGAGACUCAGGCUUCUCCAAGUACCCACAGGAAUUUGUCACAGGAAAGAUCCUUUUCUCCUUCUGGGUCAGUCAGUGGGCAAGUGAGGGCUACCCAAAGGCAAUAUGAAUUUACACCUACACAGCAUGGUGGUGGUAGAAGUUCUUUUAAUUGGCUGACUGGAAGUAGCAUUGACACAUUGGCAGAGUAUGCAGUUCCUUCAUCCUCUGAAUCCUUGUCUUCAUCCAUGCUGUUGGUUAGCAAAAGGAGUGAAAAAUUUAAACAAGCAACCUUUAAACCAGUGGGGCUAGAUUUCGGGAAAAAACGGUUGGGUUUGCCUGGAGAUGAAGUGGACAGCAAAACUAAAGGUAUAGAAGAACGAGCAGAAAUUCUAAGACUGCGGAGACGUUUCUUGAAGGACCAAGACAAACUCAGUCUGAUUUAUGCCAGAAAAAGUCUGGCUGAACAAAAAAGAGAAAAGGAGAUGAAAUCUGAGCUGAAGAUGAAGUAUGAUGCCCAGGUUACUUUGUACAGAAGUUACCGAGUGGGAGACCUUCCUGACAUCCAGAUUGAAUACUGCAGUCUCAUUGCCCCUCUGCAGGGCCUUGCCCAGAAAGAUCCAACAUUUGCCAAGCAACUUUUCAGCAGUUUGUUUAGUGGAAUUUUUCACGAGGUAAAAAAAUCUAAAAACCCUUCUGAGAAAAACAUCAUUGUCCAGAAGCUGCUGAACGACUUCAAUAAUUUCCUCAGUAUGAGCCUGUCAUACUUUCCACCCUUCAUUGCGUGCAUCCAGGAAAUGAGUUACCAGCACAGAGAGCUACUGGAACUGGACUCAGCUAAUGUGAGCACGAGCUGCCUUGCAAGUUUGCAGCAGCCCAUGGGCAUCCUUCUUCUGGAGCGUGCCCUGAUGGCUCUGUCCCCUGCGGAGGAGCCCCCGUCCAAAAGGAUGCGUGGGAGGACAGAGUUGCCCCCAGAUGUGAUCAGAUGGAUUGAACUUGCUAAGCUCUACAGAUCCCUUGGGGAUUAUGAUGCCCUUCGUGGCAUUUUCAGUGGUAAGAUUGGGACUAAGGAAAUUACGCAGAAAGCUUUGUUGGCAGAAGCAAGGAAUGAUUAUGCUGAAGCAGCUCAAUGUUAUGAUAAGGCACUCUCCCAAGAAGACUGGCAAGAUGGAGAGCCAACAGAAGCAGAGAAGGACUUCUGGGAACUUGCAUCUCUGGAAUGCUAUGACCACCUCACAAUGUGGAAGUCUCUGGAGUAUUGUGCUACUGUUAAUAUUGAUAGUGGAAAACCUCCAGACCUAAGCAAAACAUGGAAUGAUCCAUUUUUUCAGGAGACAUAUCUGCCAUAUAUAAUACGCAGUAAGUUGAAGUUACUGCUCAGUGGGGAGAAUGACCAGACUUUGCUAACCUUUAUUGAUGAGGCAAUGAAGACAGAACAGAAGAAAGCCAUUAUAGAAAUGCACUACAGCCAAGAACUUAGUCUCCUGUACAUCCUGCAAGAUGAUUUUGACAGAGCCAAAUAUUACAUUAGCAAUGGCAUGCAGAUCUUUAUGCAGAGCUACUCCAGCAUUGAUUCCUUGUUAUAUCAGAGUCGAAUGACCAAACUGCAGUCUGUACAAGCUUUGACAGAAAUACAGGAUUUCAUCAAUUUUAUGACCAAGAGAAGUAACUUAGCUUCAGAGGCUUCCCUUAAGAGACUUCUCAGAACUUGGACAAGCAGAUACCCAGAUGCUAAAAUGGAUCCUAUGAACAUCUGGGAUGAUAUCAUCACAAAUCGGUGUUUCUUUCUUGACAAACUGCAGGAGAAACUUCCCUCUGAUCAGGCCAAUGACAGUAUGGAGGUGGAUGGAGAAUACAGUGCUGGUGACCAAAUGGAAGUGGAUCAACAGAGUGAAAACAUUCACUCAAUGAUUAAAAGCUGCAAAUUCAAUAUGAAAAUGAAGAUGAUAGAAAGUGCCAGGAAACAGAACAGCUUUGCUGUGGCCAAGAAGCUCCUGAAAGACUUGCGCAAGGAAGCCAGAACGAGGGAGGACUGGCUGGUGAGGUGGAAUUACGCCUAUUGCCGCUUCACUCACAGCAGCAGCCGCAACCUGAGCUGUCCUGAACGCGUGCUCUCAGUGUUGAAAACCAUCUCCCUGCUUGAAGAUACCAAAUCUGACUAUCUCAGCAAGAACAUAAUGGCCUUCCAAAACCAGAAUCUUCUUCUGGGUACUACGUAUCACAUCAUGGCCAAUGCUCUUAGUCAGGAUCCAAGAUGUCUUGAGCAAAUUGAGAAAGAAAAGGCUGGAAAGAUAUCACUAAUAGCAGGAGAAAGCCUUGAGAACCCUAAAAAGGUGCUGGCAGGUCUGAACAAGAAGGCUUUUCAGUGUUUCAGCUGUGCUGUGAGGAAGUCUGAAGAGGAGGUGCAGUCCUGCUCCAUGGACCAUGUGGACAUGGUGGGAGUUGUCGAUGCAUAUAUGACUUUGAUCAGCUUCUGUGACCAGUAUCUGCGCAGGGAAGAAGAAGGCUUGCUUGAAAUUAACACUGUGGAUCUGCAGCAGUUCCCAGCUAUUGUGGUGGAGAAAAUGAUAAAAGCUUUAAAACUGAAUUCCAGAGAAGCCAGGCUGAGAUUUCCUAGACUACUCCAAAUAAUUGAAAGAUAUCCAGCAGAGACAUUGGGUCUAGUGACACAAGAGCUUCCCUCGGUUCCCUGUUGGCAGUUCAUUGGUUGGAUUAGCCAGAUGAUGGCACUACUUGACAAGGAUGAAGCAGUAGCUGUACAACAUACUGUCGAAGAGAUUGCAAAUACCUAUCCGCAGGCACUCAUCUACCCUUUCAUGAUCAGCAGUGAAAGUUACUGCUUCAAAGAUACUGCGUCUGGCUGCAAGAACAAGCAGUUUGUAGAAAGGAUCAAGAAUAAGUUGGAUAGAGGGGGAGUAAUUCAAGAUUUUGUUCGCUCCCUGGAGCAGCUCUCUAAUCCUGUAAUGAUUUUCAAGGAUUGGGUUGAGGAUGUCAGAAAUGAGUUAUCAAAACCUGAGAGGAACAAAAAGAAACUUAAGGAAAUGUAUGAAGGAAUGUACAAGAAUUUGGGAAAUUUAGAGACUCCUGGCCUUGGAUUAAUGAGGAAAAGGUUUAUUCAGGCUUUUGGGAAGGACCUGGAUCAUCAUUUUGGCAGAGAUGGUUCAGAACUGUUGGAUAUGAAGACUAGUGACUUCAAUGCGAUUGCAACUUCUCUCCACUCAAAAAUGAUCAAAACCUAUAAAGAACCUGGGAACCUCAAAGAGUGUUCACCAUGGAUGAGUGAAUUCAAAGCUGAGUUCUUGAGGAGUGAACUGGAGGUUCCUGGUCAGUACGACGGAAAAGGGAAACCACUGCCAGAGUACCACGCAAAAAUCUCUGGUUUUGAUGAACGGAUAAGUGUGAUGGAAUCCUUGAGGAAGCCAAAACGUAUAACAAUCCGAGGCAGCGAUGAGCGGGAGUAUCCUUUUCUUGUCAAAGGUGGUGAAGACCUGCGACAAGACCAACGCAUUGAGCAGCUGUUUGAUGUAAUGAACAUUAUCCUUUCCCAAGAUGCUACAUGUAGCCAAAGGAAUAUGCAGUUAAAAACUUACCAGGUCAUCCCCAUGACAACAAGACUGGGACUCAUCAAGUGGCUGGAAAAUACUUGUACCUUAAAAGAAUUCCUUAAAAAUAGCAUGUCUGAAGAGGAAGAUAUCAGCUAUUACAGCCCAAGAGGACCUCGUGCUACCUAUUCUGAGUGGCUGUCCAGGAUGGGUGGGAAAGCACAGGGCAUCUCUCGAUACCAUGCUAUGUACAGGAAUGCCAGCCGUACAGAAGCGGUCACAUCCUUCAAAAGCAGGGAGAGCAGCGUUCCAGAAGACCUGCUACGGCGAGCCUUUGUGAAAAUGAGCACAUCUCCUGAGGCUUUCCUGGCCCUGCGCUCCCACUUUGCCAGCUCACAUGCACUGAUGUGCAUCAGCCACUGGAUACUUGGGAUUGGAGACCGGCAUCUGUCCAACUUCAUGAUUAACAAGGAGACAGGUGGCAUGGUGGGAAUAGACUUCGGAUACGCUUUUGGUGCAGCUACACAGUUUUUGAUUGUGCCAGAGUUGAUGCCCUUUCGCCUGACUCGCCAGUUUGUUAAUCUGAUGAUGCCAGUGAAAGAGUGGGGACUCAUUUACAGCGUGAUGGUGCAUGCCCUGCGGGCUUAUCGUUCAGAUCCAGACCUCCUCAUCAGCACCAUGGAUGUAUUUGUAAAAGAGCCUUCUUUGGACUGGAAGAACUUUGAACAAAGACAGCUGAAAAAAGGAGGCACAUGGAUUAAGGAAAUAAACACAUCUGAAGUAAACUGGUACCCUUUACAAAAGGUCAACUAUGUCAGAAGAAAGCUUACAGGUGCCAAUCCAGCAAUAAUCACUUGCGAUGAGCUGCGUCUGGGCCACGAGUGGUCGCCUGCUUAUAAUGAUUUUGCAGCUGUGGCUCGUGGUAACUCUAAUCAUGAUAUCAGAGCCAAAGAGCCAGAGGAUGGACUUUCAGAGGAGGCCCAAGUGAGAUGUCUCAUCGAUCAAGCAACAGACCCCAAUAUUCUUGGCAGAGUCUGGGAAGGAUGGGAACCCUGGAUGUGAGGAACUGCCAUCUACAACUCUGUCUGCCAAGGGGACCUGUACCCUAAAACACAGCUGCAACCAGAUCAGAAUUUUAAGGCCAAAAAGGAAAAAAACUCUUAACUAUUUUUAUCACCAGUUAACUUGACUAAUAGAGAAAAUAAACUUUUUGUAUUAAAGCUGUA